AUGCAGCCGCUUAUUGGCUCAGGACACUCAGACAAUCGAGUGGAUCUCGUAUUCUUUUCAGAUGGAUAUACUGCCAAUGAAAGAGACAAGUUUAUUUCAGAUGCCAACCGUUUGGCGUUGGACAUUUCAGGGAACCAGACCUUCAACACGGUCAAACCCCUUCUCAACUUCUGGGCUGCAUUUGUGCCCAGCAAUGAAAGCGGAAUCGGAAGCGGGGGGAAACCCAAGGACACACCAUUUGGUCUCUUUCGCGAUGGGACGGAGCUGCGCGGCGUCUACUACAGUAAGCCAGAGGUUGCGAGGGCAGCGUGCCUAUCGCUGGGAGAUAAGUGCGACUAUCCAAUCUUGAUGGGAAACGACCCGCUCUAUGGUGGACUGGGUGGAGAAUUCACUGUUAUCACACCUUCACUCGCCAAUGGUGCACUCGUGUUACGACAUGAGCUCGGACAUUCUAUCAUUGAAAUCGGCGAAGAAUACGACGGCGGUUAUGCCUACUUUGGCGUGAACGCUGCCAACACGCUGUCCACGCCUAUUCCUUGGUCCCACUGGUUUACACCCGGCCCCCAUUCCGGACACACAGUUUCAGGCGCGCGCGUCGAGCGCUCAGCGAUGCCUCUGCAAGCAUAUGCGUGGACGAUGCUCAACACGACGGCAUCGUGGUCUGUUCGCUUCAACUCAUCGGGCACGUACGCGCGACACCUCGUGCGCUUCUCACUCUCCGGCCUCCCCGCGCAAUCGGACCUGAACGCACAGCUGGACGGCGAGACGCUACCGUGGGCGCCGCGACCAGACAUCGGCGUUGAUCGAUGGCAUUAUGACAUCCACCGGGGGAACAGCCUAAGCGAAGGAGAGCACGCGCUCACAUUCACGCUGUUGAAUGGCAAGCGGGAGGGCAUCGCGCAGCUGUGUAGCGCGGAGAUACUGGAAUUCGGCGAUGAGGGCGAAUUUGUAUCAACUCCUGGUCAUUACGGCGUGUUUCCAACAUUCUCGAACAAGAACCAAACAUCGUAUCGUCCCACCAACGAGGACUGUCUCAUGCGCAUUGUGACAACUCCCAACUUCUGCAAAGUCUGCCUAGAGGGUCUCUGGCUUUCACUGUUGCGUCGCGUCGACCUCAUCGAUAGCUUUCGUGUGGGCUGUGUAGAGACGACAAGCGACACGCCCAGCCCCGCUCCAGAUGCGAAGAAAUGGAAGAGAACACUCGAAGUCGACUUAGUGCCCCUGGCGCAGUUCAGAGAAGAGGGUAUCGAUGGCGACGAGAGCUACACCAUCACAUGGCUCAAGGAUCGCGAAGUACUGGAGGCAUUCACCAACAAGACAAGAGUGGAAGUGGAUGACAACGAGCUUGCGCUCGGCUCAUACAUCGUCGACGUCCAGUUCACCACGCCAGAAGUUCGCGUCGACAAAGACCACUUGCUCAUCGAAUGUGGAGCUUAG